AUGGGAGAAUCAGCAAGUCAUCAGGAACUACUUCAAGAUCACGAAGGGAAUAUUGCCAAUUCGUUGAUGAAAGAAAAUGAACAUGAUCUGUUGGCAAAUGCAAUCACAAAAACUUUAGAAAGCUUAAAGCCGCUCCUAGAAUCACCUGGAAUUUGUAUCUACAAGGUACCAGAUCCCCUUCGCUAUUCGAACGAAGAAGCUUACACUCCUCAGGUUAUCUCAAUAGGGCCGUUUCACCGUGAAAAUAAAAAAUUGCAGGCCAUGGAAAAGUUUAAAUUGAGAUAUCUCAAGAGUUUCAUGAAGGAACGAGCUACCGCGAUAAACUUGGAGGAUUUGGUGAGCACUAUAAAAGCUGCUGAAGAAAGUGUCCGUGAAUGUUAUUCAGAGACUUUUCAGAGUAUAUGUAGUGAUGAUUUUGUGGAAAUGAUCCUGCUGGAUUCGAUUUUCAUUAUUGAGUUUUUCUUGAGAAACUUGCCUAGGAAGGACUGGAUGCCAUCUGACCAAUUAGCAACAUUAAAGCCAUGGCUGCGGAGUGGGAUGGAGUUGGACUUUAUGUUACUUGAAAAUCAACUUCCUUUCUUUAUUAUUCAAAAAAUAUAUGAGAUUACGGUACUUGCAUCUUUCCCAACAUCGUACCCAUCCUUCAUUGACCUUACCUUUCAGCUGUUUUCUCGUUACAACCUUCAAAAUAAGUCUCCCUGUGCCGAGUUGAAUAUACUGCACUUUGCUGACUUGGUUAGAUUCUUUUGCCUACCUCCUCCUGAAAGGCAACAAGAGAGAGGUAAGAAACUACUUAAGGAAAUGCACUCUGCAACCCAGUUGGCUGAGGUUGGAUUGAAGUUUAAAUGGGUGGACAUUUCAAGCAAAUGCUCACAGCUCGACCUAAAAUUUACAAAUGAUGGAGUGCUGCAUAUCCCACGCUUUGACUGGAACAAUACUUCAGAGCUCUAUGCUCGAAACCUCAUUGCUAUUGAGCAAUGUCACUAUCCUGAUCAUGCAUAUGUUACUGAUUAUUAUAUCCUGUUACGUUACCUAAUCAAAACUGGCAAAGACGUAGAUUUACUUGUUCGAGAGGAGAUCAUCACUGACUGGCUAGAUGACACGAAUUCAACGACUUUUGUUAGCAAGCUGUGCGGCAACAUCGUAUAUUCAUCCAUGAACGCUAACUAUCAUAGUAUAGGUGAAGAUUUGAGCAAAUUCUAUAAAACCCGUGUGAGUUAUUUUCAGAUUUUGUGGGCUACCUUGAAACGUGAUUAUUUUCGCACGCCUUGGAUGGGCGCUUCUACCAUAGCCGCUGUUAUCUUGUUGGUGCUUACUGUCAUACAAACUGGAUGCUCUCUCUCUUCGCUAUAG